CAUGCGUUUGCUGGUUGCAUUUUUGUUGAAACUCACCAUUAGCUGAUUAGCCAUUUCAUUUUUUUGGACAUUUUUCGAUUCGAUAUAAUAAUCUUUAUGCAUAUCUAAUUAUCCCUUAACGUGUUUAGCGAUGUAGAGGCACUGCUUACUCGCUUUCUGCUUACUCGCCAAGGUAGAGUAUCUCCAGUUCCCGGAAGUUAAAGCAGACCAAACUGGAAGCAGCUGCUUCGACAACUUCGCAUGCGGCUCCCGUUUUACUCCACAGAAAAUAAAUUGCGCAACAUCUGAGUCAGUCUUGGAGCCUUUUUUAUUUCUGCCCGUGCGUAAAGACGGAGUUAAACACACCGCCGUAUUUUUGUUAUCCGACACACCAGUUACCGCCCAAUGAAUGGCCACACAAGUGCAUCAUACACUCAACCGCUGGAGCGUCGUCGUACGUUCAGCACCCACACGAGCGACGAGGAAGAUUCCGAUCUCUCCGUCGAUGGACAGCUGAUGGACAAGGGAAUUCGCUCCCGCCACGGCUCGGCGACGGCAUCCCCAGGGAAUGGUCUGGUCAGUCCGUUUUAUGUGGACACGGAAGAGCGGGAGCAUCGCCGGCCAGCCGAGGAGAAAGAGGAAGAGUGCGGGUGUGGACCGUGUCGUCCGCGAUGGAUGCAGUAUUUCAACGGGCCCAAAUGCCUCCUGGCCUGGCUUUGUAUUGCGGCCUUUGCUCAAGGGAUGAUCGUUAACGGUUUGAUAAAUGUUGUGAUCACAACCAUCGAAAGGCGUUUUCACCUCACCAGCUCGCAAAGCGGAUUAAUAGCGUCCACCUACGAUAUAUCGUCGUUGGUGUUUUUGCUCCCGGUUAGUUAUUUCGGCGGAAUGGGUAAUCGUGCCCGCUGGUUAGCGGUUGGAUCGGCAGUACUGGGCGUUGGAUGCAUUUUAUUCACUGUGCCGCAUUAUAUAACAGAAUCUUACAAUGCCGCCGAAGAAGUGUCCACUGCGUGCAGGAAAAAUAUUUCGCAGUCGCAGUCUGCGCUGAUUAUGAAGGAGUGCUCGUCGCCACUGGAAAAUUACAGAUAUUUUUUCAUUGUGGCUCAAAUUCUUCACGGUGCUGGUGCAGCACCGUUGUACACCCUGGGAGUUUCGUUUUUAGAUGACAGCGUCAAACCAAAACUAUCUUCCAUGUAUGUCGGUAUUUAUUACGCUUUUGCGAUGUUGGGACCGGCAUGUGGAUUUCUGUUGGGGGGACAGUUUCUCACGAUUUUUGUUGACUUUGAUCGAUUAAGCUCGUGGACCAUGAGUCCGAACAGUCCUGCUUGGGUCGGAGCAUGGUGGUUAGGGUUUUUGGGCGCUGGAAUCAUAUCUUUAUUAACUGCGAUCCCUUUAUUCAUGUUUCCGGCUAUGCUAUCGCAUACUCUUGAUUAUCGACAGCAGCGUAAAAAUGAGACACACGCCGAUGUCGGUGAAGUGCCGACUGUCCACACUACGGUCACCGGAAAUCUUCAUGCUCUGCCUAAAGCCAUCAAAACGCUUCUCAUCAAUCGCACUUUCAUAUUUUUAAAUCUGGCCGGUGCGGCGGAUGCUUUUCUGACGCUCGGUUUAGCUACCUAUGCGCCCAAAGUGUUUCAGUCAAUGUUUGGAUUUAAUGCUUCUCUGGCAUCGAUUAUAAUUGGCGCUGCCACAAUACCGUUUGGCGCCGGAGGUACCCUGCUAGGCGGCUGGAUUAUCAAACGCUGGGGCCUGGACUGUCGAGGAAUACUUAAAGUAUGCGUUAUAUGCAGUUUCCUGGCCUUGUUAUGUGUGUUGAUAUUCCUUAUCCGGUGUCCCAAUGAGCAGUUUGCUGGUGUUAAUGUCCCGUACAAGAAUCAGAGUGGCAUUUUAAAAUCCCCAGUUUUAAGUGCAUCGUGCAAUGCCCAGUGUUCCUGUGAUGAGAUGCUGUAUGAUCCCGUGUGCAGUAUGGAGGACAACAUUGCUUAUUUGACGCCGUGUCACGCAGGAUGCAGGGAGCAUCGCAAUGGAGAACCUUCUUCCAGUUUUUACGAUUGCGCAUGUAUCGGUAUUUCUUCCAAUGCAUCUAAACCAGUCGCGGUGAAGACAUCAUGUUCCACUAACUGCGGCAUUAUGCACUGGGUGUUCAUAGCUUUUUUCGCACUGCUCAUCCUUUUUACCUUUCUGAGCAGUAUUCCGGCUGUCAGUGCCACACUGCGGUGUGUUGUGGAAAGCCAGCGUCCUUUUGCUAUGGGGAUGCAAUGGAUUAUUGUGCGAUUAUUCGGUUCUGUUCCUGGGCCGUUAUGUUUUGGAGCUAUCAUCGAUACAGUUUGUAGAUACUGGCAGCCGGAACGAUGCGGCAGCGGAAAGGGACGCUGUUUGUCCUAUGAUAAUGCAGCUCUGUCGAAUGCGGUCUUUACCAUUGGAAUCGUGGGGAAGGUGGUUUGUUUUACCUUUUUUGUACUGGCUUGGUGGUUUUACAAACCAGCCAAGAAACCUGUGAUGUCGGAGAAUCCCAGUGAUGUCGGUUUGGCCAAUUAUGUGGCGUCGGUUAACGUGUCGACACAGUCUCUUGAUCAUCCCCGUUCGGGUCGGGUGGACAAUGGAAUCUGAUGUUAUGUGCCUGACUGCAGCUUAAAUGUGGUGUACAUUUUAGUUUUUACGGUCUAUAGGCUAGCGGUUUGCUAGCAAUUUAUUGAUUUGUUGCAGUCUUCCGUGAGUACACUUAUUUAUGGAGUCAUCCAAAUUGUGCGAAAUGUAAGAUGUCUACGUGAAGACGUAUUUCGGUAACCACUAUGUGGUAUGCAUAA